AUGAACAAUAAUUAUUGAAUACUAAAGCUGUUCAAAUACCUUAAGGUCACAUUUGUGUGAAUAGAUCUAGCAUUUAAGUGUUUGAUCGUGGUUCCAUAAAAUCACGUUUCCUUUUAUGAUUUACGUGAAGUGCUUCUACAAAAAUGUUGAUUAACAAUUAUAUCAGCAUUGUUUCGAUUUCUAUUCUAUAUUUUACUGGGAUUUCAUUUUGCAGACAAAUUUGCCGCGAAGAAGAUCCAUGUGAAAAUGGGAAAAGCAAUGAAGGUGACAAACUGAUUAUGACACAUACUGUCUGUAGGCAUGGCGACAGGAACAUAUACACGUGGAUUGCGCCAUCAGUGGAAAAUGAUCCUUGGUCUCCGGAAAAACAAAUUUGCCGCGAAGAAGAUCCAUGUGAAAAUGGGAAAAGCAAUGAAGGUGACAAACUGAUUAUGACACAUACUGUCUGUAGGCAUGGCGACAGGAACAUAUACACGUGGAUUGCGCCAUCAGUGGAAAAUGAUCCUUGGUCUCCGGAAAAAUAUUGGCCCGGAGGCUACGCUCAACUGACGAACAUUGGCAAAAGGCAACACUACAAAUUGGGGCAGUAUUUUAAAAAACGUUAUGCAAGUCUUGUUGGAAUCGGCUUAUACAAGGCGAAUCUUACUUCUAUUCGCUCAACGGUGAUUUAUUUAAAUUAACCUUCAGUUAUGUCAUCCAAAAUUUGUGUCUGAGUUUGCUUCAGCUGUUUUACCAGCUGGUCCACUCAUACAAACACACUGCUUGCUUACA